GGCAUACUGUGUGUCGGCACCGGUAAUAUCAUUUAAUAAUAUUAAAUUUCAUAAUCACAUUUUACAAUGAUUCAAUGUGAAACCAAUCGUGCGACACAAGUGAAAACUCGCUUUUUGCGUGAAUACAACAUCAAGGUAGUGGAUGAUUGGAUUAGCGGCUGUAUUUCGUUCUGUUUACAAGAAAACCCGAAAACGUCCAACGAAUCUCUGUUUAAAUUUGCCUUCGAUCAGUGGAUUCUCGCCGAUUUAAAGGAAAUUGGUGUAUCCUCACUGCCCGAAAGCAUCGAUACGGAAACAAAUAGUUUCAUGCUGAACGGACGUUUUCCACUUCAGCUAAAUUAUCUAGUGGACAUUUCGGAACCGUGCUAUGAUCAGCUUAGGAAUCUGUACAACAAAAAGAUGGACGAAGCGGACGAGGAAAUUCAAAUGCGGAAAACUCAAACUCAACACAUUAAAAAGAAGCGCAUGCUAAAGCUGGAACUGACGGAUGGAAAAAGGACUGUAGUAGGAAUGGAACACAAUCCGAUAGCAGUGUUAAAUACCAAGUUACCACCAGGGGUUAAAAUUUUUCUAACUGGCCCCAUCCGAUGUAUUAAUAAAGUGCUCUUUUUGGAACCGAAGAACGUCCGGAUACUAGGUGGAGAAGUUGACACCAUGUUGAUUACAAAUGCAUUUGAAAACAUUCUCUUGAAGGCGCUAGGCCAGCCUCUAAACCCUAACCCAAAAACAGAGUAUGAUGAACCAGUGGUUGUAGAAAAGAAUCGAGAUACGAUGUACAAUAACAUACAACCUAUACCUAUGGUAUUUGCGUCUCCUGUGAAGCCACUUACAGAUAGGCCCAGUGAAGAUUGGGAGGAUGAUGUGUUUCUAGGAAUUAACUUGGAUGGGAUCGAUGGCAUUGAGCAGAAUAAAGAACGAGUGGAGAAGCCCCCAGAACAAGUUCCUACUAUCAGCACUCUGAUGGACGACGACGAUGACUUGGUGCAAAUUGAAUUACCAGAGCGGGAAAUCAUGAACCAACAAGUUUCGUCCACAAAAACUUCUCAACCUUCGCCGUCAUCAUCUCGUACGAAACCAUCGGCCGUCAAGCAACCAAACCUAGAAUACCCCGAUGAUGACAUUGAUGCAAUGAACUUUUUGGAAGACGAAAUACGUAACGAACAGCGGCAUUUGAUAAAUCCGAUCAUGGAUGAAGAACCUACGAAUCUAGCGUCGAAUCAUUCAACACCGGUCCAGCCGGCCAAACGUCCCCGACUGGCAUCGGUCGAGUCUACAGCGAACUUAGUCAUUGAGAGUCAGCAACCUUCAACAAGCAAAAAUUUCGAUAAAUGUUCCGUCUCUGCUUUCUUCGAAGACAGUCUCGAUGGUGAUGCCUUCCAGAUAGAGGAUAUUUCUGCUUCUGGUAUGGAUGAUAUACUUUCCCCCCGGUAUCAGUUCCAGGUAGAUAGUUACAGCUUGGCAACGGUGACGCAACUCAACGAGCUGAGUGAUGCCGAAAGGGAAGAACGCACCUUUGUGGUGUUUGGCGAGGUGGAAGAAGUAUUUGAGCGAAUUCGUGUAUCUGAUGACGGCUGGAAGCUGGGGGUGAUGAUCACAGAUCGAUCGGAGCGUUGUCUUCCGGUGCGCUUUCAUACGACAGUUAUUAGCAAGAUGGUGGGUCAUGACGCUAGUUCGAUUCAGCAAAUGAAACGCGCUAGAAAUCCACAAGUGAUGAAGCUACUCGAAGAAAUUCUCAUCAAGUUCAAAAAUCAACUUCAAGAGCUACGAACGUUCUUGCGAAUUCGCUAUCAUCAGGGAAAUGAUUUUCCCUUUGUUAUGGAGUUGUAUGAGAGCACUCGUUCGCGGCUUGUAGUAUUGCACAAUAAAAUCAAGAAAGAGAAUGUUAAACACUUGCUUGAAAUUCUACCUGAAGAAUGUGAUACUGUGAGCUAAGAAAAAAAAAGAUAGUUAUUCUAUUGUUGUAAAGUAGGUAUUAUAAAAUAAAGAUCUCUACAGUAUAUAUUCGCUAACAAUCUUCUCUUUGUUUUGAUGUACA